AACUGCGGCCUUUUAUAAAACCCUCCCAGGCAAGCUGCCUAGAAGUCAGCUUUGCAGGGGCCCGAGGCAGGGAAACAAAGAGUUAAACAAUAUACUGAUAGGCUGGUGAGAUCAUCAGAGCUGGGAUGCACUCCAUUGUUUAUUAGACUCAACAGAGCCCAGCAGACAACAUCCAGAGGGAUGUGGGGCUUGGGGUGAGCCUGGCUUAGGAGAGCGGCACCUUCUGCUGCAGCCUGUCCCACUGCCGGUGGGGUGGGCAGCCAUCCCUCACCACUCACCACAGCAGAGCCCACUCAGCCCAGCAGGAUCCAGCCCUCUUGGGGCUGACACACAGCAACAGAAAGCCAGAUGGUCUGAGCCGCUCCUUUUGUGCCUGCAGGAGCCGGUGGCUGGGUUCCUCCACGGCGUGCUCAGGGGAUGUUUAGUGCAACCGGCUGCCUCACCUCCCGCAGCGAGCCACUGCACGCCGGUGACAGCCGUGACGACAGAAGCACAGCAUGGUCUCCUCCUCAGAACCCAUCACCAUGGAAAUUCCCCCCAAGAGCCCUGACGGGAGUGAGAAGUCUCCUCAGUCCAAGGAGAUGUUGGCCAGUAACACAGCCAGCACCCUCUGCAUCAGCUCCCGGAGCGAGUCUGUCUGGACCAGCACAUCCAGAAGCAAGUGGGACAUAUACCACAAGCCUGUCAUUGUUGUGUCUGUCGGAGCAGCCGUCUUCCUCUUCGGGAUGGUCAUCACUAGCCUGUCUUGCAUCCAAACCAAGAACAAAAAUGUUUACAAAAUGUGUGGCCCAGCUUUCCUGUCCUUGGGACUGAUGCUCCUCGUUUGUGGCCUUGUCUGGAUCCCCAUCAUCCGGAAGAAGCAGAAGCAGAGGCAGAAGUCACAGUUUCUGCAGAGCCUCAAGUCCUUCUUCUUUAACCGCUGAGGUCAGCCCAGGACCUUACUGGGAAGGCUCCCCUCACCUCUACCCACCUGUGUUGGUUAGCCAAAAAAGAAACAUGUUCUUGUACUCUCCUAGAAGAUUGAAUCCCAGUAAGUCUCUUCCCUACAGGUGAAACGCACUGUAGCAGUCUCCAGUGUGAAAAUGAACUUUGUAUUUCAUCCAAGUAAGCCCAGAAAAAAAGAGAGCAGGAUUUUGCAGUUGAGCCCAGCAAGGCAGGUCCGAGCUCUCUGCAUCGCCCUCCUGUCCAAUGAGCAACCCAAUGUCACAUAUCAGGAAAAGCAAAGCUCCUAAGUAACCUGGCUCCACCCAGUAGCUUCUGCAAGAUACAUCAGCAGAGAGGAGCCAACCAACUACAGACUGUGAGUAAAGCCUGGUGUGAACACUGCUGACUGCAAACUGCAGUUCAGAUGGAGAAACUGGGAGGCCAGAGAUGGUUCAUCCAGCACUAGUGGAGAGAAGCAGGACAAUGUAGUUCCAGACCACUUUCUAUUAGAGGAGGCCACCAGAACAGGCAACAUAUAUCACAAAAGCUUAGGAGGACCAGACAUGUUGACCAUGGCCAGGACUUUCCUAUCACUGACCUAUUACAACAGCUGGCUGAGACAUGGCCGCAAACUGGAGCUCACUCCUUGCUCAGCGUGUAAUGCUCACAAGCUUUAUUUAUUGCUCCAAAGGGUCGAGGCAAGGAACAGCAUUACAAGCAUUUUUUGCUUCCUCUGGCAGAGGGUGUUUAAUAAAGGCUAUUCCUCCAGACCUACAGGGGCAAAGUUGUUUUGCAGCAUCUGUCCAUUUGCACUGAUGUUGUCUGCCAGAGUCACCCAUAAACCCUAACUGUCAGCCUAUUCAUGCAACCAGAAUUGGACCACAGGCAAGAGAGACAAGUUCGUUGUCCCUACCACUCUAUUUCUGCCUUUAAUAAAUGUGUGCCCUGAGGCAAUUCACCAAGGAAAGCACGGAUCCUUUCCGCAUGGUUUUUGCUUUAAUUUUAUGUUUUCAGCAGGCCUGAUUUACUUUAAAAGACAAAUUUGAAAUGCAAAUUAUCAGUCUGAAGAACUGGUCUCAGCCUGGACAGCAAGAUCUGGGUUGAUAUAAAUAGGCCCAUAAUGUCCAGCUCCCAGUUCUGGGUUCAGGUGCUGAUGAGAGUCUGUUUUUUCAGAAACGCUGAUCCAGUCUGGAUCCCACGGCGGCCCGUCGUCAGUCCGGUGAGACACCCCAGCACAGCAAGCACUGGAUCAAAGGCCUGACACCCGCUGCGGGGUGAGGAUGUGGUCGGUGCUGAUCAGAAGCAGAAGAGGAACACGGAAGGGGAGACCCCUCCAAGCUCCUCUUUGUAGUCUGCACCUCCGCAGCUUUUCCAAAUGUCGUGGGAGGCAGAGAGGCUGGCAGGGGGUGCACUGAGAGAAUUUGCAAUGUGUUUGCUCUUUGAUUUCAGACAGACAGGGUGUGAUAACAUCCUCUAACUGCUGAUGAGAGGGAGCUCAUGUAAGCCCUCAGCUUUCUUUAACCCAGUAUCCCACAUCUACCAAGAGCUCCCAAGGAACUCUGGAGAAAAGCACAAGGAACAGGGCAUGCAGACAAUAGCUCUUCUCCUGGUUAAUGUCCACCUCCCAGCUAACAGCAGUUCAUAGCCAAAGCAGAGGUUGCUCCAGACCACUGUUUAACAGCCACCGAUACAGCCAAUAUGCUCACCUCCUCCUGUUCUGCACACUUUUUCAAAUUAGCUUGUACUUUCAGUCUCUGCAACAUCCUGGAGCUACAAUUCCAUCAAGCUCUCUAAUUUGCCAGAUACACUGGAAGCUCUGCAUCACAUCAGGAGACACAGCAAAAGCAGAGGGUAACAGAUCCUGCUGCUCCAGGCCAGCGGGCACCCAGCAGGUCAGUUAAAAGGAAGAUGUGUUCACUGUAGUCAAGGAUCACGAAGCUGUAGCUGUGGGAACUGUGCUCAGGGCCAAGAGUUGAUUCCCUGUUGGGAAAUAUUUAGCUUCCUCUUGGCCAUCUCUCGCUGAACCCCAUUAUUUCUGAAACUGGUGCCACAUCAGGAUUUCUGCCUGCAAAUAUGGUCCAAGGUGCCCAUGGGCCAAAGCAUUCAAGUGGAAGCAUUUGUGCUACCAUAAUCUUGCUAACACAAUUAACCAGGGAGCUCAGGCUCACCUUGACACUGCUGCCAGGCUCCCACCAGUAUGUGACCAAGGUUGGCCAGUGCCAUGCAGCUGGAGAUCCCCUCCACUAGUGUUGGGAGAGUUUGAGGAGACAGCUCCCAGCCUGGCAGCUGACACAGCUGGAUUACGAGUAUUCAAGCAACGCACGUCCCUUUGUCCCAGGCUCAACCUGGCCCUGAGUUUUGUUUCCUGGGUGGUGCAGACAUGUGUGUCCCCAGCCAGCCAGUGCCAGGUUUGUGAAUGGGGUGUAUGAUCUGGCACUGGACCCAGUAAAACUCUGUUUGUUCCUCAGCCAUUCAUCAUGCCAUGCAAUGCUGUGCUUGUUUUUGCAAUCCUGACCUGGCACUAGGCAGCAGUCUCUAUUGAUUUAGCUCCAACGGGCUCAGGACACUCACCCAAAACUCCUGCUCGGGAGGCAGCUGCAGUCAGAAGAGCAGACAAACAUCAGGACUCAUGAGGGGGAAGUCACGGAGCAAUGUGAAGGGCAUCACCAGGUCCUGGCUGGCUGCAGCCUGCAGAUCUGGUCACAGACGGGAGUCCUAAAGCUGCACAGUCUGGAGGAGGCACCUGGAAAUGGUCCCUGCUGCAAGCAGCUCUGCUGCGGCAAAAGGCUGCUCAGCCUGGGCUAGCUGUCCAAAGGGGUACAACAGGAGGACUAGAAGAACCAAAUGUCCUGGAGAGAGGGAGCAGGCAUCCUGCUCUCCAUGUCUCACGACCAAGGAUAAGGAGAUGGUCAGUGAAAUGUUAGUAUGAUAGGAAGUCACUAAUACCAAGAAUCUAAUAGGAUUCCAGACUGGUUGUUCAUAACAAGAAUAUUAGGUUUAAUUAAAGCAAAAAUUUC